UGAACCUCUUGAACACGGGCGUUGGGCCGCCCAUAGAUAUGUGUCAUGUUCAACUGGCUCCGGCGGCACCAGGGCAGCGGUUUCAGAGUGCGGUUCAGCUCCAGCCCGUGUCACGUGCUCCGGCAGGGAGGAAUGGGGUCCGGACUGGCACGUAGACAAGGACACAAAGUGGCCUUUUUCGAGCGCCAUUUUCAGCCUGGGAAUUUUCAAGGCAUUUGUGAGAACAGGCCUGACACUGGGGGUAUGGAAGACCCGCCAGAUUACCUUUGCAUUGUUCGCUCUGGAAAACCCUAUCUUGUCGAAGACCGCAGAAGGGAAGCUGAGCAGCAAACCUGGAGUCAACAGGUCACAGUCACAAGGUGCCGACAAUGGGUGGAGCAUGCAGUAA